AGUCUGAUGACUUGGGAUGAACAUUGUUAGAUAGGGGAAGAACCUCGGUAGCAGCUGAGCAAUACCAAGUAACCAAUUUGAUGUCAUCACCUCUAUCACCUGCUCCGAGGAAUUCUUCAUUGAUAAACUAAACAAAACCCACUUCAACGAACUUUGCCUACCCUACGCUAACACUUCACGGUCUACUCAUAAUAGUCUCAUGGCGUCUCGAAUCCGGUGACAAGUAAACACCCCUCCAACUGACAACUGGGAAGUUCUCAUCUUCAGCACCAAAACAAAGACAAAGACAGACAAAAACAACCAAUUGGUUAGCAAACAAGUUACACGACACAAUGUCUACUUCGAUGCCGUUGCAUGUGCUCGCACGGCGAAGUGCAGUAACGUCAAUUGGGUCCAAACUCCCUACAAGAGCCUAUAACGCACUGUAUUCCUCCAGCGUAGUCGUGCCAAGGUUGAGAUGUAGUGCUGCCCUGAAUGCUCCUAUUACUCAUCUGGCCUCUCGCGCCUUCAGUACCACUCGUCCCAGGUGUUUUGCUAGUGUUGAAGAAAGCUUUGACCCCAAGACGGUGGAACGGGAAAGCGAUGAAGUCGAUGUGUGUAUUGUUGGUGGAGGUCCUGCCGGAUUGAGCGCCGCGAUUCGUCUAAAGCAACUCGCCACCGAAAAUGGCAAUGAAGAUUUUAGAGUACUGCUCCUAGAAAAGGCGGGUGAGCUUGGUGCACACAUAUUGUCUGGGGCAGUCAUAAACCCUGUAGCAGUCAAGGAAUUAUUUCCCGACUGGCUCGAUGAGGCAAACGAGAACCGAUUCGAGAAUGCGACACCAACGGCCGGAGACAAGAUGAAGUUCUUGACCAAGAACAACGCGAUACCCUUACCAGCCCCGCCUCAGAUGCACAACGACGGAAACUACAUCGUUAGCUUAAACCAGUUCACGAAAUGGCUCGGGGAACGCGCCGAAGAGAUUGGUGUUGAGGUAUACCCCGGCUUCGCUGCAUCCGAGGUGCUUUAUAAACCCGAUGGUUCAGUUCUUGGGGUUGCGACAAACGACUUGGGUAUCGGUCGAGAUGGGAAACCGAAAGAUAGUUUCGAACGGGGCAUGGAAUUUCACGCGAGAGUAACGUUGUUUGCCGAGGGAUGUCAUGGUAGCCUGACUAAGCAAGUUAUCAAGAAAUUCGACUUGAGGAGUGAAAGCCAACAUCAGACCUACGGUUUAGGUAUAAAAGAGGUCUGGGAAAUCCAACCAGAGAAGUUUCAUAAAGGCGAAGUCGUCCACUCUAUGGGUUAUCCCCUACCCCUGGAUACCUACGGCGGCGGGUGGCUAUAUCACUUUGGAGAUAAUCUCGUCAGCAUUGGACUUGUGGUGGCCCUGGAUUACCAAAAUCCCUGGCUAUCACCGUAUGGCGAGUUCCAGAAGAUGAAACAGCAUCCGAUGUAUAAGUCUAUUCUCGAAGGUGGCAAAUGCAUUUCGUAUGGUGCAAGGGCUCUUAGUGAGGGUGGCUUCCAAUCAAUCCCCAAGGUCGCCUUUCCUGGAGGCGCUUUAAUUGGCGACUCUGCUGGCUUCGUCAACGUUCCACAGGUCAAAGGCACCCAUAAUGCCAUGAGGACAGGUAUGCUGGCUGCAGAGGCUGCCUGGAGUGCAUUAGCCGAAGGAAGCGAAGAGUCUGUCUUUUUAUAUCAAUACGAGGAUUCUCUUCGGAAGUCUAGUGUCUGGAAAGAGUUGAAGGAAGUUCGAAAUAUGCGACCUUCCUUCCAAACCCCUUUAGGGACAUUGGGCGGAGUUGUCUAUUCUGGCUUGGAGGCGUUCAUUCUCAAGGGUCGUGUUCCUUGGACCCUGAAGCAUAGGCAUACAGAUUAUGGCGCUACCAAGAAUGCCGAUGCGUACCAAAAGAUUGAAUAUCCCAAGCCGGACGGAAAGAUCUCCUUCGAUAUACUUACGAGUGUUUCUCGGACGGGAACGAACCAUGAAGAGGAUCAGCCUGUUCAUCUCCAAGUUAAAGAUUGGGAUGUCCAUGCCCAGGAGACAUGGCCUAAGUACAAAGGGUUAGAAAACCGUUUCUGUCCCGCCGGUGUUUACGAAUACGUUGAAGACGACACAAAACCACUUGGUGUGCGGUUCCAGAUUAAUUCCCAAAACUGCAUCCACUGCAAAACUUGCGAUAUCAAAGCACCACACCAGGACAUCAAUUGGGCCGUACCCCAAGGUGGCGAAGGACCGAAAUAUUAUAUGACAUAAGAAAAGGUCAUAACAAAUUCGUAUAGUGCCGAUGAUUUUACGAGUUUCGGCGUUUUGGCAAGGCCCUAGUCUGGGAUUUGGACUGAUGAGGCGAUGCAUUUAACGGCUCACGGCUCACGGCGACACACUCGAAAUCAACUUUUCGAUGUAUUAAAAAGCUUCCCCUCUAGCAGUCGGUAGACUGGCGGAUGUAGAUAAAACCAUUGGAUGCCUGUCUGUAUGAGGCUUGCUUGGAGGGGUUAUUAUAUUGUACAUAUGCGAGACAUAGUGUAGGAGUUGGAUAGGGUAAAGGGCAAUCGCUUGAGGGCGGUUGUUAUUAACGGACCAACUGAACAGAUCAAUCAAAAGUUACCAAACUGUUUUUCAUAACCUUCUUGGUAUUUUUAGUUUGAAAAAGCUAUCAUCACCUGAAAAUACUAAGUAG